UAUGCCAAUAUGGUGGCAGCUGUGCGGCCGAGCGAAUGCGCUCUCGAGGUGUAUCUCACAGAUUACUUGACCGCGUGCAAUGGACCGGUCUGAGUGGCCGACGUUAACGUACGACGCAUUGAUCUCGUAGUUUACGCAACAUCGCGAAACGCUAUGCGAUCAUCGGCGAUGCGCGUUUGACGUGACACGCUCUUUUCGUCCACAAACCGGGCCGAAAAAAACAGCACCCUGCGCGCGCGAGAGAGAGAGAGAGAGGGGGGAGAGAGAGAGAGUGUAACGGGUAAAGGAUUCUCUAGCCCGCUGCGCACGCUGUCACUAGCAAUAUCCCGUAACGCGCCCUCCUCGUCAAAGCGUCGUUCCUGGAUCGAACUAUCUUCGUCGCCGCCGCUGCUGCACGUCGUGACGGGAUCCGCGCGCGAGGACUCGCGACGCUUGCUUUGUCAUGGCAACAAAAAAGUAUGAUGAUGGAAUAAGCGAUGAUACAAGUGGGAGUGAUUUUGAUGAUGAAGAAGAUCCUGAUAAAAUUGAAGUACCUGGUGGAGGUAAGGAUCUUGCAACUGCAGCGGGAAUUGCAAAUAUCAAGGAUGAAAAGCCAGAUUUGUCUGCAAGUCCUUUAGCAAAAACACAAGGGGCACUAAAUGCGCUAAACCAAAAGUUUGGUAACAAAAUUCCUGGCGGCUUAGUAACAAAACCUGCAGGAUUAGGAUAUGAAAUGGGACAUGUGGGAGGAUCACAAGGUGUUCCACCAGGUUUUGUUGGUAUGAACCAACUAAAUCAGUUGAGUCAGUUAGCUAGUGGCUAUGGUUUUCCACCAGGACUGGCUACUCUUGCAGGCUUCAACCCUGCUGCUUUUCUUCAGCCGAGUAUGGACAUGAACGCUUUAAUGGGCAGUUUUAUGGGUAUGCCUGGAAUGAACAUGGGAGUUAAUCCCUUCGUUCAGUUCCUUAAUCAAAGUGGUAUAGGCGGUCCAAAUUGGUCUGGACUCUCGGGCAAGGCUGUGUCACAAAUGUGGAUGAACUCUGGUGAUCCAACCAAACUAAUGCAACCACCUAUUCCAGAGGAGGAGGAAGUAGAUGAUGAAGAUAUGGGUGUUGCCGAGACUUACGCCGAUUAUAUGCCGAUGAAACUGAAACUCGGACGCAAGCAUCCGGACCCAGUUGUCGAAACGGCAUCCUUGUCGAGUGUAGAGCCGACAGACGUUUGGUAUAAGCUUUCCAUGUCGGAAGAGACGAUACGUUCCGGCGUGCUUUCCGCACUCCAACUUGAAUCCAUUACGUACGCGUCCCAACAACACGAGCACCUGCUGCCCGACGGUUCACGCGCCGGAUUUCUAAUCGGCGACGGCGCGGGUGUCGGCAAGGGUAGGACUAUAGCGGGAAUAAUUUUCGAGAAUUAUCUGAAAAGCCGCAAACGUGCCAUCUGGGUAUCGGUGUCGAAUGAUCUUAAAUAUGAUGCAGAGCGCGAUUUAAAAGACAUAGGUGCAUCCAGAAUAGAGGUACACGCCUUGAAUAAAUUCAAAUAUGCAAAGAUCUCGUCAGCUGUGAAUGGCAAUGUGAAGAAAGGCGUAAUCUUUAGCACAUAUUCUGCUUUGAUCGGUGAAUCUUCGCAGAGCGGCGGAAAAUACAAGAGUCGAUUGAAGCAGUUGUUGCAGUGGUGCGGCGAAGAUUUCGACGGUCUGAUAAUCUUUGACGAGUGCCACCGGGCGAAAAAUCUAUGUCCUACUGGUAGUUCAAAACCCACGAAGACAGGCUUAACGGUUUUGGAGCUACAAAACAAACUUCCGAAGGCCAGAGUCGUUUACGCCAGUGCCACUGGUGCUUCUGAACCUCGCAAUAUGGCGUAUAUGGUGCGAUUGGGGAUGUGGGGUGAGGGUACCCCUUUCCCCGAGUUCAACGAUUUUAUCACCGCUGUGGAGAAACGUGGUGUUGGCGCGAUGGAGAUCGUGGCAAUGGAUAUGAAGUUACGCGGCAUGUAUAUUGCUCGGCAAUUAAGUUUUCAUGGUGUGGCUUUUAAGAUUGAAGAAGUACCCCUCUCCAAGGAUUUCACAAAGAUAUACGAUCACUCAGUGCGAUUGUGGGUAGAGGCGAUGCAAAGGUUCCAAGAAGCAGCAGAGUUGAUAGACGCUGAGAAUCGUAUGAAGAAAACUAUGUGGGGCCAGUUCUGGUCGGCACAUCAACGGUUCUUCAAGUAUCUAUGCAUUGCUGCAAAAGUGAAGCACGCAGUCUUGGUGGCGCGAGAAGCCGUGAAGUGCGGCAAAUGCGUAGUCAUCGGUUUGCAAUCUACUGGUGAGGCGCGCACAUUGGAGCAGUUGGAGCGCGACGAUGGUGAACUCACCGACUUCGUUUCUACUGCAAAGGGUGUUCUUCAAACAUUAGUGGAGAAACAUUUUCCCGCACCCGACCGUAGUCGCAUUCAACGUCUUUUGGGUUUGGAGCCAUCGAAGUUUAGGUUAGAAGACGAUGACAUGGACGGUGCGAGUGGUUCAGCGGGUGGUAGUAAGAGGAAACCUGUACGUCAAGCGGCACAACGUGCAUCGAAAAAGGUACGCACUUGGUCGUCAGAAGAAGAGAUAACGGACGAGGAGAGGAACGGUGCUCACAGUUCCGGUUCUGAAUUUAAACUGAGCGGCAGCGAAAGUGAAGACGAUCAUCAUACCGACGAAGAAAGCAAUAUUAGUUCGGAUUUCAAUCCCUUUUUCAGUGACAGCGAUUCUGAUGUUGAUCCCUGGGAUAGACGAAAGAAAAAGGGUAAUAAGAAACAAAAGAAGCCCGCGAAGAAACGUUUAAGCACGCAGGACAAGAUUCAGUCGAUGUUGGUGCACAAGUCAUCUACUAACAAGAAUAAACGUAAUGGCGAUACCGCCUUGAGCGGGCAUAUGGGCAUAGUAGGAAAUAUUAAUCAGGCGCCUCCUAGAGACGCCAUUGAAAGAGCUUGUAGCAUGAAGGAGGAGUUAUUAGCCAAAAUAGAGGCUCUUGGCGAACGAUUGCCACCAAACACGCUAGAUCAGCUAAUAGAUGAGCUCGGCGGUCCGGAAAACGUCGCGGAAAUGACAGGUAGAAAAGGUCGCGUCGUGCAAACAGAAGACGGUGCAAUACAAUAUGAAUCUAGGUCAGAAGUGGAUGUUCCUUUAGAAACCCUCAACUUGACAGAGAAGCAAAGGUUUAUGGAUGGAGAAAAAACCGUAGCGAUUAUUUCCGAAGCGGCCAGCAGUGGUAUAUCGUUACAGAGCGACAGACGAGCAAGAAAUCAAAUGCGACGUGUGCAUAUCACGCUCGAGUUGCCCUGGAGCGCGGACAGAGCGAUACAGCAGUUCGGGCGAACGCAUCGAUCGAAUCAAGUCAAUGCACCGGAGUACAUAUUUCUUAUAUCGGAUUUGGCAGGAGAAAGGCGAUUCGCAUCUAUUGUCGCGAAGCGCUUAGAGAGUUUAGGCGCUCUGACGCAUGGUGAUCGCCGAGCGACAGAAACACGAGAUCUCUCGCAAUUCAAUAUAGACAACAAGUAUGGUCGUACGGCGCUGGAAGCAACAAUGAAAGCCAUAAUGGGAUUCGAAGCGCCGUUGGUACCACCUCCUCAAGAUUACCACGGUGAGUUCUUCAAGGAUGUGGCGGCCGCACUGGUGGGUGUCGGUUUAAUUUGCAACAGCGAGAACACACCUGGUAUACUUGCGCUCGACAAGGACUAUAACAACAUGUCGAAGUUUCUGAAUCGAAUCCUUGGCAUGCCAGUCGACUUGCAGAAUCGUCUCUUCAAAUAUUUCACCGACACGCUUAACGCCAUUAUCACGCAAGCGAAGAAAACCGGUCGUUUCGACAUGGGCAUUCUUGACCUCGGUACAUCGGGUGAAAACGUGCGAAGAGUACGGUUGUACCGGUUUCUGCGGAAACACGCAACCGGCAAGGCGCCAACGGAAUUACAUGUGGUGCACGUCGAGCGUGGUAUGAGUUGGUCCGAAGCCACGGAUAAGUUUUCGGAAUUGACAGGGUCCAAAGAGGGUUUCUAUCUAAGCCAUCAGAUCCGUAACGGAAAGCAGACCGCGAUUCUCGCUGUCAUCGUAGAUAGUGGCAAGAAGAAAAGCGAGAGCAAGAAAGAUCAACUUUACAUGGUGUAUAGGCCCAAUACGGGACUACAGUUGCGACAGGAAACUCUAGGCGAAUUAGAGAAAAAGUACAAGAAGAUGAGCGCAAAUGAGGCGGAGCCACAUUGGUCGCAGCAAUAUGAGGCUUCCGUGAAUACGUGUUCGCAUGCUUACUGGAGUGGUAAUUGUAAAAAUACUAACCUCGGUAUAGAUUGUGAGGUGGGAUUGAGAAGACGUUCCUAUAAUGUGUUAGCCGGUUCCGUUCUGAGCGUUUGGAGUCGUGUGGAAAGCAUACUCGCUUCACGAUCUGGACAUAAUUCUAAGAUGCAAGUUGUACGGUUACGGACGGAUGAAGGACUGAAGAUUGUUGGGACGCUUAUUCCGAAGAGUUGCAUGGAAGUGUUGCAUCAAGCGCUUUCUUCUGACUCGGAAAAAACGGAAGAACUGACAUUUUGAAUAUCAAAUCGUAUCGAAGGUAUAAAUAGGACCAAGCAAGAUUAUCGAUGUGACGUUGCGACUGGAAAUCUCCCUUCCCGGAUUCGAGGAGGAAUGCAUUGCGUACGCGCACGUGUCGUGUGAGUUGCCUGGAAUCAUCGAUGCAUCAAGUAGAUUCCAAACUGAAUUUACUAGUCAUCGACGUUUGACUUCAUGUCGUUUGACUUCUGACGAUGCGACGAACAAGCGAACGCUUUCAACCGAUGAGCGAGCUGAAAAACUGAAGCCACAACUUACAACUUAAAUAUUUCUCACGAGUCUGCGCGAUUGUCUAUCGUUUGUGGGUACUGUAGCACUCACCCUGCCGCCAAUACCAAUGUAGAUUUCUAAUUAGCUAAAAUCCCUUAUUAUAUCGUAAAUACAUACACACAUACACACACACACACACACACACACACACACAUAUAUAUAUAUAUAUAUAUAUAUAUAUAUAUAUAUAUAUAUAUAUUUAUAUAGACGCCUUCACCGCUACGCCGAAUACGAUCAGAAGAGGAAGUUUAUUUUUUACAUCGUCGCCGUUGAUUAUCAUAUUUUCGCCUGAGAUUCUGGCGGACGUAGCGUGUGGUGCGUAUAGCGAAUAUACUGCUGCUGUUCCUCUCGUGAGAAAAUCUUGAAAAAGAAAAAAGAAGUAGACUUGCAUCGUAUGUCCAUGAUAAAUGAGAAACUGAUCUAGAGGAAUGGCAAAGGACGCGAUUACAUAUAGGAAGCGAAAAAUAUAAUAGGCAAUUCCGAUUGCCAAUAUGAUCUAAGAGACACGUUCGAUUUAUUUGAAUUAGCUUGAUAGUGCAUACUUUUAAGUAGUGUCAUUCCGAUAAGUAUCGAUUGUUGCUGAUCGGAACAAGCGCCAGUCAGCCUAGAUCAAACAUAAUAAGCGUUGAUCGAUGUAAGAAUAAUGAGUCGAUAGCACAAUCGAUCUUUUCUGGAAGAAAUACAAAUGUAUACGCGACUGUAGUUUCGUUUUUUUGAUUGUUAUACCGAUCGUUAAAGAGAGCAAUUAAAAAGAGCUGAUCAUACACAUUUACAUACAUAUACAAACACAUAUGUUACUACCGUUACUAUAGCUACCAUUAUUAUUAUAAAUUACUGCUAAUACUAUAUUAGUACUAGUGAGCUAUCGCUGCAAAACUACUAUUAAAUAUUACCCACAACUGUGGGGAGACGAGGUAACACACGCUGCGCACCUUUUCAAACUUGGAAGAUGCAGGGGGAUUACUUAACGUACAAGUACUAAAUUAUUUACUUUUAUUUCUUUUUUCCCCUUUUUUAUUAUUUCGACAAGAUACGAAUCGAUUGAAGAGAAGUAUAUUUCUCAUUUUCUGCAUUCAGUAUACCAUGACAACUCGCAAUCCCGACUACAUCUUUCGCAUAAUGUAACUUAUUAUUGAUUAAUAUAAUUAUUAUUAUUAAUAAUAAUUAUUGGUAAUUAUUAUUAAUUAAUAUAUAAUUAAUUAAUCGUGCAAGAAAGCUGGGAACGACGUAUUAUCGUUAAACAAAUUUUAAUUUUACUACAGUAUUGUAAGGCAGGGUUAUGUGAUAUUUACAUGAUUUAACACAAAAGACUAAAUGUAUUUUUGAAUCCGUAUUUUUAUUUUCUCUCGCGUGGUUACGCCGUAUACCUCAAUGAUAGCGCAGCUUUAGCGAGAUAUUUUUCGAAUUUCGCACAUUCUCACGACACAUGACGCUACGCCUCGUCUCUUGACGAUCGUCAACCUAUAACUUAUAGUUAGCUUUAAAACAAAAAAGAAAAAAAGAAUUAGAUCGAAAUAGAAUACAUACAACCGUUAUAUUUAUAUUCAGAUACAUACACAUUAGUAAUCAGUGCGGCCUGUAUGUAUAUUGGAUAAGUGUCUGUUCUACGUUUGUACGCGUGUGCGUGUGGGCGAGUUCACGAGCGAACGAGUACUGCUGAGUUUCGUACGAGUGAAUGGAUUAUGGGCCUCGCAAUCUAUCUUUUAUGAUAAUGAAUAAAAUUUCAAAGAGCGUAGAGAAACCAAUUGAUUAUAGAACUUCAAUUCGUGAAUAUAGAGUCCUCAUUUAGUAAUCUAAUUCUUAUGCUUGUGAUCUGCAUAUGACGAAAAAAAAGAGAGAUUCAUCAUUUACCUGUUUUCACGGUUAUCCACGUCGAGCGAAAAAUCGUCGUUAUGAAAAUGCUAAUAUAUGACAGAGAACCUCUGUGGAUAACAGCUACAUAUCGCAUCAAUAGAAAAGAGACUGAACAGAGGAGAAAAGUUUUACAAUAUCUGAUUGUAAAAUAAUGCAUAUACGAUGUAUGAGCGUGGAUGAGCGUAUUUAAUGAACUCUAUUUCACGAUAUUGGACAUAAAGAGAAAAAAAGUGCUUGCGAUGUUUAAUGUUUGCGUGAGAUUUCGCCGUAGAUUUAAUUCUUUUAUGUGGGAUCGAUCGUGAAUAUUUUAUUCUGGUAUAAACUUAUAAAAAGUGAAAAUUCUUUAACUAUUUGAAAAUUUCGCAAAUUCAUCCUAAAGGAAAAGAUUUACGAUCGCCCUGCUCUGUUGUUGCUUCCAUUCGUGACACACGAUACUAACUACUUAUUAUGUUACUUUCACACGUGAAACGAAUAUUUCAUAAUUCAAUAUCGUGGUCUGCAAUGAAUGACGUCAAGUACAUAAAAAAUAGAAAUAAUCUAAAUUUGGCCGCGAGACACCAGCGUUCGAAAGUCACAAUGCGAUUUUGUACGUGAACGAGAUCGAGCGAAGUGUAUAUAUAAACAUUAGAGGCUGUAUAAAAUACUACGAGAAAGGCGCGUGUUGCAUUGGGUAUUUUUAUUAUUAAUCUCGCUUGAGUUCCUAUUUGCUUAGCGCGGUAUCGUAAAUGCGGUAUCUAGUUGCACGUGGAAACAGGCGUCACGCUUCCUUAGUGAGACAGUUUCUUCUUUUUCGUAAUGUGCUGUGUUUCCAUGGACUCACAUUUUCGUGAACAAGUGUGCGUGUAUAUAUACGUGUAUAAAUGUUUCUGUGUAUGUAAAACGAAUAAUUUUUAUUCGAAACGACGACGAUGUCCCCAUCAUCCCUAUCGCGGUCGGAAAACUCGAAGUCCCAACUUCGUCUGUGUUCGUUUUUCAUUGUUUCUCAAAAUCGAUCUACUGUGACAUCCAGCAUUUUUAUCAAUCGUUGAAAUUAGUUCAAUGACUAUUCGGUUAUUCUUGUUAUUUCAAAGUAUGUUACAUAGUGCAAAUCGUAAAAAAGAUUGGUUUAUACAGAUACAAAAUACAGUGAUUUUAUCGCAAA